AUGGUGAAGGUGGUGAGGUCGCAGAGGGAGAAAGCACAGUGCGAAGGAAAAUACAACUUGCUCGCUUAUCACCUGCCCUACUUUUACACCUUUAAAAUGGAGGAACUGAUUUCCUGGUCUAAAGAAAACGGCGGGAAUCUCUCCGCGGACGUCGAGGUCUUCUAUGAUUCCGUCACCGGCCACUCGUUCCGCGUCCGGGAGGGCCACUCCCUCAUACCCGGGGACGCCAUCGUCAGCUGCCCCUUGAGCAUCACCCUCUCCUACCUGAACACGUUAGACCAGGACCUGACCUCCCACGGUAUCCCGUCGCCGGCUCAUCGCACAGGCGACCCUCUCCCACGGGAGUUCCUCAAGGCCGUGGCCCCUCAUGUCACCGCCCGCUUUUUCCUCAUGCAGCAAUACCUCCUAGGCCGCGCAUCCUUCUGGUAUCCCUACAUCCGCACCCUCCCGCAGCCCGACAACCAUUCUGCAUGGGCCCUCCCUCCUUUCUGGACCUCGGACGACAUCGACCUUCUCGAGGGGACCAACGCCCACGUCUCCCUGCACGAGAUCAAGGCCCGUCUGCGGAGCGAGCACAAACACGCCUCGGCGGCCCUGGAGGCGACCUCUUUCGCGGGGAGAAGCCACGAGUACUCCCGCCUGCUCUAUCACUGGGCCUACACCAUCUUCACCACGCGCAGCUUCCGCCCGUCCCGCGUCGUGCCGGACCCGGAGGCCCUGCCCCUGCCCGACGGGGUCGCCGUGGACGACUUCCACGUCCUCAUGCCGCUCUUUGAUGUCGGGAACCAUUCCCCCACGGCCGAGGUGGACUGGCACGUGCUAUCCGAGGCAAGUGGCGCCGAAAAGGCCUCGAACGGCCCUGCUACCGUCCUUGCCACGCGGACGCCGUACGCGGCGGGGGAACAGGUCUUCAACAACUACGGGCCGAAAACGAACGCCGAGCUGCUUCUCGCCUACGGCUUCGUGAUCCCCGCGUCGCCUGCGCUACACAACGACUACGUCCACCUGCAGCUGAGAACGGCGAGCGCAGCAGCACCGUCCUCCUCCUCUUCGCCGGCACCGCCAAAGCCGCGGGACGACUUCUUCUUCUCCCUCCGCCCCGUUACGCAUCCCAGCUCCGUCACGGCGCAUAAACGCCUCACGCUCCCGUCCCUCGACCCGGACUCGGUCCUUCCUUGCUUCCGACACGUGCAGGAUACGCUCGUCUGGGAACUCGUCUGCAUGCAGACGUCUCCGGAGCAGCGGGAGGCGCUCUUCCCUGCGGCAGCGGGGGAGGGCAUGGACGGCGAUAAGGAACGUCUCCGCGCCUUGCUCACGGGCGAGAUGGAGACGACGGCAUUAGCGGUUGUGGAGGCUUUGCUCGAGCGGACAUUGGCGAUCAUACAGGCCAAGGCGUUCCAGGAAUUGGAAAAGCUGGAACAGUCUGAUUUCGAGCUGGACGAGGACGAAGACGAGGACGACGGGGAGGGGGAGGCGGAGGCGGGGGAAGGCAGUGGUGCGACGAGAAACCAGCGUCUGGCGUACGUGUACCGGACGCAGUGUAGGAAUGUGCUUAUCAACGUGCUCGAGUCGCUCGAGAUGCCGUCGUUGUCAUCAUCUCGGCGCCGCUCCGCAUCAUGGAACCUUUGCAACGCCUCCCUUCCACGGUCGACAGCCCUGAACCACCGCAUGAGCCACCGCAUGAGGUCCGGAUCGGCCAUGUCGACGCCCAAGCCGACAGUGUGGUCAGUGAGCUCAAGAGUCGUCUCGGCGAACAAGGCAGAGGAUGAAUCAGCGUUUCUGUCACGGCUCAAUGAGUCAUCAGCCUUGCUUCGUAAGGAUUGUGUUCUGGCGCUCCGGUGGUGUCCUGCUGUCUGUCGCCUGUGGCCAGUGACCUGGAAACCCGAGUAG